AUGUGUGAUAACGCGAAGAACUUUGUUGGCGCCAAGAGGGAAUUGGAUGAACUCGCACGGUUGUUCGACAGCCAACAGUUCAAAGAAGCAGUAUUACGACAUACGACAGAGGAUAGAAUCGAACUUCGGUUCAUUCCGGCACGAUCACCGAACUUCGGAGGGCUUUGGGAAUCAGCGGUUAAAUCAUUCAAGAUCCUGUUCAAACGAACGAUUGGCACCCGCAGCCCGGUAUACGACCAGAUGCAGACCGUGCUAGCUCAGACGGAAGCAAUCCUGAAUUCCCGACCCCUGACACCCACUAGCAACGAUCCAGACGACUUCGAAGCGCUUACACCAGGACAUUUCUUGGUUCAGCGGCCUCUGACGGCCAUUCCAGAGCCCAAUCUCUGUGCAAUUCCCGAAAACAGACUUUCAGCUUGGCAAAUGGUGCAAGCAUAUACCCAGAAACUGUGGAAGAAAUGGUCGGAGCAGUAUUUGUCAAAUCUCCACAACAGGACAAAAUGGACGCGUCAGAGGUACAACAUAGCAAUUGGAACUAUGGUUGUUCUCAAGGAGGAGAAUCUCCCACCGUUGAAGUGGCAGUUGGCACGGGUGACAGAGGUUCACCCAGGAUCUGACGGAAACAUCCGAGUUGCAACCGUCCGGACCAAGGAUGGCAGUUACAGACGAGCGAUCUCAAAGAUCUGUGUACUGCCAAUCAGAGACAAUCUUCCUAUGUCAGAAGAGGAGAACUAG